AGUAAGAGAGGUGAGUUUUCAAUUUAACCCUGAAAUGCUGAAAAGUGAAAACUCAAUCCAAAUAGUCUCAAGUCUCACCUCUCUACCUCACUCACCGCAGUUCCGCGCUGUCACCGCCGAACACAACUGCAGCCAACGACGGAGGAAGUCACUCGUCGAUCCCCUCGCCGGCUCCUCUGCCUCUUCUCCGCGCCGCCAGUGUCUGCUCGCCUCUGCCUUCUCCGUCCGUGUCUCCCGGCUGCCUUGACUCCGCCGUGCCUCGCAUGUCUCUGCCUCCGCCUCGUGCCUCGUCUGCCUCAUCAUUGUGUUGGCUCCUCUGCAGGCUUUGCUCUGCUCCUUUUCGAAGCUCUGCUUCUGCAACGACCCCAAGUUGGAAAACCGUUCCUCUCUCUGUUUUUGACUUUUUGCUUCUGCAGUGUAGUGUUGAUCUCAUCAUUCACGCCCUUACCCAAUCGCUCAAUCUGAGACUGACUCUCCCUUCCCUCCUCCUUGCAGCCGUCCACACUCAAGGCCUCACCUCUGUUUCUUCUUCCUCUUCUCGUGCUUCCUUAUUCCGUUUGUCGUUGCCAUCGUCGUCGCAGGUGUCAGCAUCCGAUUCGUGUUCUUUCCGUCUGCCUCUGCUCAUGCUUCUUGAGUCUGGGUUACUGUCUGCCUCUUCAUAUUCCGGUUCGUUGUUGCCGCCCUCUGCUUUGCCUUGCUCGGUGGCCCUCAGAGUCUCUCAUCACAAGUGUUUACCAAGGAGCGUUUCAUUCCAAUCUCCAACUUCAGCUCUAACCCCUGUGCUGUUCUCAGGGAGUUAUGGUCUGAGAAGACAGAUAAUCAUACAAGGGUUCAAGAGCUCCACCAAAAUGAGAAACCCAGAUCAAGGAAUUCGUGUAAAAGAGCCAAAGACAUGGCUAAUCUCAUCAAUUAUAAACCUUGGUCAAAUCAGUUGCUGUCUUCAUUCACUACCCUUCUUUCCAAAACCAAUGUGCUUCAGACUUUAUGCCAUAUCAAGGAACCUUCCAAGGCCUUUCGGUUCUUCAAGUGGGCACAUGAAAUGGGUUUCCCGCACAGUGCUCAAUCCUACUUCAUGAUGUUGGAAAUCCUUGGUCGUCAGAGGAAUCUCAAUGUUGCUAGGAAUUUUCUGUUUUCCAUUGAGAAAAAGUCCAAUGGGGAAGUCAAGCUUGAGGAUAGGUUCUUCAAUAGCUUAAUUAGAAGUUAUGGUGAAGCCGGCCUCUUCAAAGAAUCCAUUAAGCUUUUUGAGACUAUGAAGUCAACUGGUGUAUUACCAUCUGUGGUCACAUUCAACAGUGUUUUGUCUAUAUUGCUAAGGCGGGGCCGGACCAAUAUGGCAAGAGCUGUGUACGACGAAAUGCUUGGGACAUAUGGUGUCACUCCAGAUGUGUACACAUACAAUAUUUUGAUCAGAGGGUUUUGCAAGAAUUCCUACAUUGAAGAAGGGUUUAGGUUCUUUAAAGAGAUGAUGAGCUUUGAUUGCGAUCCGGAUGUUGUUACAUAUAAUUCACUCGUUGAUGGCUUGUGUAAAGCAGGGAAGGUUAGUAUAGCGCAUAACUUAGUGAAUGGUAUGAACAAGAAAUGCAAAGAUUUGAAUUCUGAUAUUGUGACUUACACAACUUUGAUUAGAGGGUAUUGUAUGAAACAAGAAGUAGAUAAAGCAUUGUUUAUUCUUGAAGAGAUGACUAGUAGGGGGCUAAAGCCAAAUGUAAUUACGUACAAUACUCUGAUAAAAGGAUUAUGUGAGGCACAAAAGUUGAACAAGGUAAAGGAUAUUUUGGGCCAAAUGAUGGGAGAUGGGACUUUCAUACCAGAUACAUAUACCUUCAAUAUAUUAAUUCAUGCACAUUGUUCUGCAGGAAACCUCGAUGAAGCAUUUAAGGUGUUUGAAAACAUGAAAAACCUUCAAGUCCCAGCAGAUUCAGCCUCGUACAGUGUUCUGAUUCGGAGUUUGUGUCAGAGAGGUGACUAUGAUGCAGCAGAGAAGCUGUUUGAUGAAUUAUAUGAGAAUGAAACUUUGUUAAGUAAUUAUGGUUCCAAGCCGAUUGCUGCCUCAUAUAGUCCUAUUUUUCAAUAUUUGUGUGAACAUGGGAAAACUAAGAAGGCUGAGAAGGUACUUAGACAGCUAAUGAAAAGGGGAACACAAGAUCCCCUAUCAUAUAAGACCGUGAUUAUGGGGCACUGUAAAGAAGGAGCAUAUGAAAAUGGUUAUGGGAUUUUGGUAUGGAUGCUAAGAAGAGAUUUUGUUCCUGAUUUUGAGAUAUAUGAUUGUUUGAUUGAUGGUUUUCUUCUGAAGGAUAAGCCUCUUCUUGCAAAGGAGACUCUAGAGAAAAUGCUAAAGAGCUCCUAUAAACCCAAAACAUCUACCUUGCAUUCUAUAUUGGCAAGACUUUUGGAAAAAGGUUGUGUUCAUGAGUCUACCUCCCUUAUUGUCAUGAUGCUGGAGAGAAAUAUUAGACAAAAUAUAAACCUGUCAACUGAGAAUUUACUGCUCCUUUUUGGUUCUGGACUGCGAGAUAAAGCAUUUCAGAUCAUUGAGUUGCACUAUAAGAAUGGAUACCGUGUUAAAAUAGAAGUGGUUCAAUUCCUUUGCCAAAGAGGAAAGCUACCAGAAGCAUGCAAGCUGUUGUUGUUUAGUAUGGAACAUCAUAGAAAUAUUGAUAUUGACUUGUGUAAUUCAGUUAUUGCGGGCCUUUGUAAAAUUAACAAGGUUUCAGAAGCAUUUAAUUUAUGCUAUGAAUUAGCGGAGAAAGGUUUACAUCAGGAACUGAUAUGCCUAAAUGAUCUGAUAGCAGCUCUAGAGGCAGGAGGGAGAUUAAAGGAAGCUGCAUUUAUAUCGAAGAGAAUGCCAAGAGUCGACCUAAAGUGAGUUAAAUUCACUUCUUUUUCAUAUAUUGAUAGCAUAAUAAGCUUCUGAUGCUGCAUAGUUAUGUCUGUUUCAUCUUUAGAAUAUUUUUGUUUGACACAAACAAAAUUGAUCUAAAACAUUUGACAGAUAAGGUGCUAGGGACAGUUAUUUGUGGAUGGUAGUUUCUGAGUGAAUGUAGACCGGAGAAGCUUUUGCGCAGAAGCAGAUAAGCCCAGUGUCCA